AUGGCCGAUGGCAGUAUUGCACCGGGUCGCCGUGCCUCGCUGCAGCAAAAACGCCGCCUAUCCACAGAAUGCCACCCUAAUUCGUGGGGUAACGCAACAGCUGGGACUAUAUACAGCGGCUUGUCGGCAGUCUUCGAGAAGGACAAGGUGAUUUUCGCCGUCGCGAUCCGUGAUGCAACCUACCUAGUCGACUUUGCGCAGGAGGAGCUACCGCUGCAGGGCGAUGGCGAUUUGGAUAAGCAGAUUGGUGACCACAUGAUGGGACACUUGCACAAAUGGUGCAAUACACAUCUAGAGAAGAUCAUUGGUCUGGCUCUUCCGCAGCAAUUGGCCGACAAAUGUCCCACUGUUUGUUCGCGUCUCUGGUUGGAUCUUGAUAUUAUCCCACUCGUCCUCACAGACGAUAGUAAGCUUUCGCUCGGCGGUGAAGAGCUACGAUAUGAAUUCCAGAAGUCUAUGGACUGGGAAUUGAGGACGUUGGAUGAGCAGGCGGAGUCUAUGGCUCGUAAAUGCGUGCGACUGUUUGGCCCAGAGGGUAUUCCCCUGCUGCAAGUCGGCCUUUCUGGUCUUGUUCAGGUCGAUACCGGCUUCCAUGUGCAAUUGACCAAUAAAAAGAACUAUAAAGAUUCUGUGACGUCCAACACCUGGAAAGCCAUUGAGCAUUAUGCCAACGAUCUCAAGAAGAGGAAGAUCAAAAUCGCGUUCUUCAGCGCUACCCCACAAGGCGGAGGUGUUGCACUCAUGAGGCACGCUAUGGUGAGAUUUUCUCACGCUCUAGGGACAGAUAUGAAAUGGUAUGUGCCUAAGCCACGACCGGGCGUUUUCCGUAUCACCAAGACGAACCAUAAUAUACUCCAGGGCGUCUCUGCACCCGAGGAGCGUCUGAGUAAGGAAAGUUGGGAGCAGGUCACCAAUUGGAUUCAAGAGAACACCGAUAGGUACUGGCUGCGCCCCGGCGGCCCUCUCGUCCAUCCCAAGGAGGGAGGCGCAGAUAUCGUUAUUAUUGACGACCCGCAAAUGCCUUCACUGAUUCCAUUGGCGAAGCAGAAAGCCCCAAGCAGACCGGUGAUCUUCCGGAGUCAUAUCCAAAUCCGCAGUGACCUGGUUGCCCAGAAAGGGAGCCCACAAGAGGAAUGCUGGGGUCGGAUGUGGGAAACCAUCCAACAGGCGGAUCUAUUCGUCAGUCACCCCGUGAAGACAUUCGUACCCCACACCGUUCCGCCAGAGACGGUAGCCUACAUGCCUGCAUCGACAGAUUGGCUGGAUGGACUGAACAAGCCCAUGAGGGAGGAGGACAUCGCACACUACGGACGUGUGUUCAAUUCGAUGGUUAGAAACUCGGGAAUGCCCGUUAUUGACUAUCCCGCCGACGAGUACAUUGUCCAGAUCGCACGCUUCGACCCGUCCAAGGGAAUUCCAGACGUCGUAGAGUCCUACGAGAAGUUCUUCGAGCGCAUGAAGAAGUCUGCUCCGGACAGAGUGCCACCCAAACUUCUUAUCUGCGGCCACGGGUCCGUCGAUGACCCAGACGGCUCCAUCAUCUACGACUCGGUUGUAACCCACAUCGAAAGUGCCAUCCCCCAACUCGCCGAGCAGAUCUGUAUCGUUCGACUCGGCCCCUCCGAUCAGGUGCUCAACGCAGUGAUGUCCAAGGCCAAAGUUGCCCUCCAGCUGUCCACACGGGAAGGCUUCGAAGUCAAGGUCUCCGAAGCCAUUCACAAGGGUAGACCUGUUAUCGCCACGAAGGCUGGCGGUAUCCCGCUGCAGGUAAUCGACAAGGGAAAUGGCUUCCUCGUUGAUGUUGGAGAUACUGACGCCGUGGCUAACCAUCUUUUUGACCUUUGCACGGAUGAUAACUUGUGGAACAAGAUGCACAAGUUUGCCCUGGCCCACGUGUGUGAUGAAGUGAGCACGGUCGGUAAUUCGUUGAACUGGCUGUAUGUGGCCUCGAAGCUCUCGAAGGGUGAGGUCAUCAAGCCGAACGAGCGCUGGCUAAACGACAUGGCCCGUGAAGAUGCCGGUAUUCCAUACCAGGAGGGCGAGAACAGACUUAAGCGAGAGCUCUUAAAGUACAAGAUGGCUUAG